AUGACCCGGCCGCCCAAAGGAGCUCAAGGACGUUACCAACUCAGAAGUAGUAAGGGCAGCAGCGCAAAUCCUUUUGUAUUCACAGAAGAAGAGACAGAUAAACAAAAGCUUAUCAAACCUAGCCCUUCUAUACACAAAGAUAACGAUGAGGUUGAGCCUACUACUGUUGGCUACAUCUAUGAUGUGGACGGCAAGCGUCCUGUCAGCGAGAAGUCCCUGCCUGACACAGGUGUCAAAUCAAAAUCAGCACGAGAUGUUGAGUUGCUUGGAUCUAGUCUACACGCUCCCUUAACAGUUCAAGAGCUUUCUAACGGAGCACAACGCAAGCAGGCAGUCAAGCGCUCUCGAUCAACAGCAAAUCUCAACAAUUCUACCUCAACAUUCUACAUUGCUAAUGUUGAUGCGUUGCAAUCCUUCUAUAAGACACGUUUAGGCCAGCUCCCGGCUAGAGCUCUUCGAAAAAUCGUAACUCAAUGGAUUGCUAUCAUUCGCCCAAGGCGAAGAACGUAUGGAAGGUAUUCGAAGAAGCAAUUUCCUAGCGAACUCCGUAAGGAUCAAUGCCCACCCUGGUGGCCAAAGGAUGUCUACUAUGAGGACCCUUUCCACCUAGAGCGUGAUUGCACUCACAUAAUGCUACUACAUCGUCACACCAACAACGAGACUGGUGAGCGACGUGUUGACUGGAUUCAGGGACUGGGGGCGGUCGCUGAUCACAUCAUCGACGUUUCUAGUCGGAAUGGCCUUUCUGCUGCAUUGAAGUCUAGAGCACUUAAUACCUUAUCAGACUUGUUAGACACAGCACAGUCCCACGAAAAUCACGUCGCCACCUACGAACUCUACGACGACAAGGUUAACGAAGACCCCGAAUCUCUACGCGGCAAAAAACAUACGUGGGCGUUGAUUCCGUCACUUCAGCACACGCCUGGAGAGAAUAAGCGUCCUCGAUUUGAGAGUGAUUCAGCAUCGGCAGUGCAAAGUCGCCCACCAUCGCGUAUGUCGAGUAUUCCCCAAUCUCGUGUUAUUAGGGAUUUGGAAACCCCCGCCCAAAGGCAUUUAACGGCGCCGUUGCCUGCUGCACAACAACAAGUAUCAGGUCCUGCUCCUUCAUCACUCUUAACGUUAGUCGCAGCCUAUCCAGCCGCGAUUACCCCCCCGUCCACCUUCCAGAAUUUCGAGAUUCCCGUCAGCCAGCCAUUUCAUGAACUUUCGGUGCCACUUCCAUAUUCAGACAUGAACAAUCUGCAGUCACUCCAGGAAUCCGUUCAAAACCCCAUGAUGCUCGAAUGGCCUGCCGCCAAUCAUUAUAUCUUCCAAACGUCCAUGCACCAGAUGCCUCAGCAAUGGGAGGAUCUAGAGUUUAACGGUCAAUAA